UUUCAGCUUCAUCACCCCUAACCGUUCAUCAACUCCGAACGUACCAACCCCCCUAGACGCUCAACAUUCCGACGACAACAACCACACGAUGGCCUACGGCUCGAUCCCCCCUCCUCCAACCUCGGCCCCUCUCCCCACCCUCUCCUACACCCUGCCGGACGAACGCCGUCUAACCUGUUUCCCCGUGACGAGAGAGACCCUACCCGAAGGUGCAGGGGAGUAUCUUUGGGGGUUGUUUAACGAGGAGUUGGCCACGGGAAAGACCUACCCGCAAGAAGCACCCGUCACCCUGCCCGACUUCCUAUCUUAUUUCUUCGGGGCGACUUGUAUACUGGGGAUCGUCUCUUCCUCUCCUUCCUCCCCUUCUUCCUCUUCCACAUCGGAAGAAGAAUGCAAGUCUGUGGAGGAUCCGACGAAAGAUUCCCCUUCAGAGAACAUCACCAUAGAAGAGGCAGUGGAGGGACGGGGGUGGGAAGAGUGUUUGGUUGGGUGUUAUUAUAUUAAACCGAAUUAUCCUGGGCGGUCGUCACACAACUGUAACGCGGGCUUCCUGAUCGCACACAACACUCGGGGCAUGAAGAUUGGAUUCACGUUGGCGAAAUCGUACCUGAUCUACGCUCCCAAGCUGGGCUAUCGAGGUUCCGUCUUCAACCUGGUCUACAAGACCAACAAGGCUUCCUUGGCUAUCUGGGACAAACUCGGGUUCAACCGUGUCGGCCUGAUCCCCGCUGCUGGUAGGUUGAUCACGGGUGAGAACGGCGAGGAGGAAUACGUGGAUGCCGUAGUAAUCCACAAGAGUUUUGUAUGAGGUCGGAGUCGUGUCGGGUUCGACAAUAUGGCGUAAAGCAUAGGAGAUGCAUGGCAUUUUUACAGUAAAUUACGGACGAACGAUAGACACCAUAUGCUCGGAAGAUAUUUCGAAGGCUC